ACUACAGGGACACGCGUAACGCGACAAUGGCGACCUGAAAGACUGGCGUGCGUUUCCUUGCUACGUAUGCUUUUGACAUCUCGUCAGUGUUUACCGUGUGCUUUUCGCGCGUUCUUGAAUGUGAAAUACGUCCGUGCCGCCGUAAAAUAUGUGACUGGUGAAGUGGAAACGCGAGAAACAAAGAAUCGCGUUGAUCCAGCCGUUAAAGCUAGCUAGGCGCACGACUCGAUUCAAUGGUGUUGGUCCCUGCCGAAAAAACAGGAAAGCCAUGUAUACAUCGAUAUCUUGCCAACUAUAAUGCCCUGUGGAGCAACAAUAAACACUUGCCACCUAAAUCUAUUGGGGUGCUGAUACGGCAUGUUAAAAUAAGGGAAGCGAACGAGGGAGAUGAGCCACAAUAUCGCAGGCAUGCCACCCUUUGCAAGGAUGCCUUUGGGGGGUAUAGGUAUGAACAUGGGUGUGAACAUGGGACCUAAUGCCCCGCAUCCCGAAUCUUCUGCUCACCCUCAUCCGCCGCCGCCGCCACCUGCUGGUGCGAAUCCUAAAAAGAAAAGGCGUACAAAUGCAAACGUUGCUCAACCAACUCCGCAACAACCUCCAACGGUCCAAGAUUUAUUACCACCACCUUUAACAGGGUACGGAGACACGAUUGUAGCGAGUAAUCCUUUUGACGAUACGCCCCCUCAAACGACGCAAUCCCCGAUGAUGCACGGCGGACCACCACAUAUGCAUCCGCACCACCCGCAUCAUAUGACUGGACCACCCAUGAGAGGCAUGAGUCCGUUGACUUCAAUAGGCGGAAUGAGUCCUAUGAUGCCUCAUAACAUGGGUAAUAUGAGUCCAAUGGGAAAUCCACCCAUGUCGAAUCACAUGAAUCACAUGGGGGCAAUGUCUCCUAUGAAUCACGCGCCAAUUGGUGGUAUGAGUCCCAUGAAUAACAUGGGCCCGAAUAUGCCACCAGGCCCUAUGAACACUAUGAACAAUCAUAUGAACAUGAGUCACAUGGGCAAUUCUCAACUUAGCGGCCCGCCUAUGGGUAGUCCGAUGAAUAACAUGAACAGCGGUCCAAUGGGUAGUCCAAUGAAUAACAUGGGUCACAGUAUGGGAAGUCCUAUGGGUGGUCCCUUAGGAUCUCCUAUGAAUACGAUGGGAGGGUCCAAUCAUAUGCCUAAUGGCCCCAUGAAUAUGAAUAACAUUAAUAGCCACAUACCACCUAACAGCCCAUUAAACGGUCCGUCUAUGAACAGCGUAAACAGUCCAUUAGGACAUAACGGAUCUCAACCGCAUCCGAAUCAUAUGGGGAAUAAUCUUAAUAAUUUAGGUAGACCCAUGAAUGGACCUAUGACUACCAUGAGUUCCAUGGUAUCUAAUAACAUGAACAUGAGCGGUCCGAAUCAAAUAAGUAAUAUGAACAUGGGCGGACCGCCGAUGAAUAAUAUGUCUAAUAUGAGUAUCAAUCAUCACAAUCAAAUGGCUCACAUGGGUGGUCCAAUGGGUACAAUGUCCAGCAAUAUGGGUGGUGGUCCUCCGAUGGGUCAUCCCAUUAACAUGGGCGGCUCCAUGCCACCUCAUGGUUUUCAAGGUCCACCAGGAAUGGGACCAAAACCAAUGCCAGUUUCUGCAGGAAAGAUAUAUCCACCGGAUCAACCGAUGGUAUUUAAUCCGCAAAAUCCUAAUGCUCCACCCAUCUACCCCUGUGGAGUGUGUCACAAAGAAGUGCAUGAUAACGAUCAAGCGAUACUUUGUGAAUCUGGUUGUAAUUUCUGGUUUCACAGGGGAUGCACAGGAUUGUCAGAAACAGCUUAUCAGUUACUAACGGCAGAAGUUUACGCGGAAUGGGUGUGUGAUAAGUGCUUGCAGUCGAAAAACAUACCUUUGGUUAAAUUUAAACCAUAACACUUCUUGACACGUCGUAUAUGCGACGCACGAGUGACUCUUUGUUAGCGUUUACACCUUGUACACGCACAUAUGCGCGUGCGAUUGCACACACGUAUUCACGUACGGCAUACACUAAUGCACGAGCGAAAUCGUGCAUAUAAUAUAAACAUGCGCUGUUUGUUAAUAUCUUAGCUUUAACUUGUUGAAAUAUUAGGGUAUCAUUAUGAGCCGUAUCGAUGAAUGAGAUGUCAGGAACAACAUAUGUUCGAAAGUUAAAUUAGAUUUUGAGUCUGUUUAUGACAAGUGGAUUCGUCCGUUUGCAAAUUUAUUUAUGACUUGAACUUUGAGAGUUUUUCAUUUUUUAAAUCGCCGGUUUGUUUUUCUAUUGCCAUUGUAACGUCAAACGUAUUAAAAAGUAAGUCCAGAAGACGUACGCGCGUUUUUUAAAGAAAAGUAUGAAAAAAGCUUAUAAAAAAAAAAAAGAAUGUUAAAGAAGUAUAUAAAUGUCGAAGAACCUCGUUCGAUUUCUUACUGCUAAUUGCAUUUAAUUCGAAAUUAAAAGAUAAUCGUAUGUAUAAAAUAAACGAAAUAUAUACACAAUGGACGAUACAAAACUGCUGGAAAUACACAGGAAUUCGAGGUGAAACGAGUGUGGUCUGUUUGUUUUGUUUAGAUUCGGGUGAACGUUCCUGAUAAACUAUAAUUGAUAUCCAUGAGUAAUUAAUAAUGCGUAUUAUUUCAUAAAUAUUUUUUAUUUAUGUCGUCACCAUUUGUCACCAGGCUCGUCACGUUGAUUAAAGGAAUCCGGAGGAUCUAAGCGAUACUUUCGAAAGGAAGUAUCGCUAAUGCACGUAUGCAAUGUUUAAAAACAAAGCAACAUUAAUUUCAGGCAAUGUAAUAACGCGAUAUUUUAGCGUAAAUGUUUAUAUUUACCAUCGAGUUGUCGAAACAUCGGAAAAAUUUUCCUAAAACCUACAUCUUCGUACAAUUAAAUUAUCACCGAAGUUUUUUGGUGUUUGCGAAAAAAACGUUUGAGGGAAUUCAUGCCAAGCGUUGUUUUUCGCUCCCAAAUGUUACAUAUGAAAGUGCUGCAAUUCUCGUAUUUUUAUAUUUCAAGUAUUUUCGUAUAAACCAUGGUCAGUUAUAUGCUUUCGAAAUAUGUUAGUCUUAUAGUUUAGAGUAUAUUCAAAGUGUAAAUAGAAGUUUUAAUACAGCAUGUAUAAAAAUAUUUCUAUCUGUCUACGAAGCUCGUACAUCGUCUCUUGCCGGGGUUUAUGCUGUUAACUAAUUCAACACGCACGGGUAUCGAUUUUUUAACCAUCGUAUACGGUUCUCCGUAAAUUCAGACCAUUUUUUGGGUGACGUUCUCGAAAGUAGGAAUCGGAGUCUUGAAAACGGAUACCCACUAAAUCGUUACGAAUUUCGUAAACGUGUCACGCACUUGUAUCUUUUGCAUACCCGUGUUUUCGUGUAAUCUGACAGCGAUUACGUACGAAUUGUAAAUUAAGCUCAAGAUACUUCGUCGAUAUAAAGAGUGGAGUGUCGUAUUCAGUUAGAGUAACGAAAUCUCUGUGCACGCACACGUGUACGCACGUUACGUCUCACAUAUGCACCCUUUUUCAUCAAAUUCGAGUUUUAUUAUUGCAUUUGUUGGCGGCGUUGAUGCAAAAAUAUAUCGCGAAAGAACUGAGUAUUGUCAACCCAGGGGGAGCAUUGAUUUUUUUUUUUCGAGCUAAAAAUAAAUAAUUUUGCUUGCACAUUUUCAAGAAAAUUAUAAAGAUCUUUUCCUCGAGGAAAGACGAAUAUCCUUUCGAAGGAUCAACGCGGUAGAGGACAGAAACGGGGACGGUGGGAGCAUAGGACUAAAUUCCGUCGGCAGCUAACGCAAAAUUAAACGAGUCUACGGAUUGUAUCAUUUUUUUAUAUACGAAAUAUAGCUAGUUAUCAUUUUACUAUACGACGCCUGUAUUAAACGGAGAACUGAUUUCGCAAACUAUCGGAGUUGUUCGGCUGUAACUAUACAGUCCUUUCUGUUACCAACAGAUCCAACUGUAUAAUCACUUCCGCGAACCUUUAGUCGGUGUUUCUCUCCGUGUAAUCCACGCUUUAAGCUUGUUUUACUGUAAUCCUUUUUAACGAAUAUUACGCGCGCGUAACAUAAACACAGGAUCCUAUAACUACAUAAUGCUCAUAUUAGUAUUACAACGAAUAGAGUACCAUCUUCGCGUAUCUUCAUUCUAUGUUUUGUCAUCGUCGUGCGAGAGAAAGGUCACGCUGGAAGUUGUUAACGAUGCUUUCUUUUCUUUUCCCUGCUACGAAAAAUUGUGUACACGAGAAUGCAAGGGGAUUAAGCAAACGAAACGACGACAGAGGAAAAUGUUAUUCGGAGACAGGUGUGCAUAGACGAGCGACGAGGCAAACUGUAAUUCACGAUUACGAUCCGCCAACUAUUCGUUGGUCGUGGUUAACGAGUAAACGGAACGGCUCUGUAAAGUUAACGAAUUUACAUUCGCAAUCGAUUCACUGAUUGCGAUUUACAAAUCUAAUUGACGAUUACACGAUUAAUGCGACAAUUGCGAGUGAUCGUUCACGAAAGCGAUCGCGAGGUAAUCACUGCCCCAACUCUGGUACACACGAGCGUUUCUGGAGACUCGAAUGGUCGCGGGUAGGUGUUUUCUAGUACAAACGAACGAAUCGUAACUUAAGUAGUUAUUAUUACUUUUUCGGAGUACACGCGUGCAAGUUGUACCGUUGACGAACGAACCAACGAAGCACGCCUUAAAAAAAAAAAAAAAAAAAACGAAACGCUACGACUCGUUCUCGCAGACGCAAAGAGAAAAAGGUUCUUUGACUUAUUAUGUUUAAAACGGUAGGUUAAUCCCUGUACAAUUUGUUUUCGAAGCAAAUGCAUUUGAUAUGUGUCCGAAUCUUUGUCUCAUUGUACCACCUUCAAAUACAAUCACCGCAUCGUCGUUCAACUAUUUUCGUUCACGGAGAACCGAAAGCGUUCGCCCUGUUAGGAAACCGUGGAGGAGCAGUGGCUCUUAACAUUUUUUCGAGCUCUUAAUCGUGAAUUUCUUUUUUUUUUUUUUUAAAUGCGGAUGUUCGAACAAGAGAAAAUCGAAAUGACGAAAUACACAGAACAGUACUGUUCGUGCAUUAUUUUCUAUCAUGUGAUCACUGAAUAUAUAUAUAUUCAGCAAUAAAGAUUGUUACAUGUAUUGCAAAUUGGCGUGCGUAUCUCACCGUUUCGUUACGCGAUCGAUGCGUGCGGAAUUAUUCUAGUUUUCUUUUCUUUCUUUUUUUCUGCGGCGUGUACAUGUUCACUCGUUGUACAUAUUUAUAUGGCACUUUAAAUAACAAAUCCAUACCAUGUUGGUUUUUA